AUGUCGCUUACAGUUCACUCGAGUGCCGAUCUGUCGAUUUCGUGCCGAUCUGUUGCAACACGAACACCACCGGAACCAUCCCCAAUUACAUAUACGCCACCACCAGCAGCAUCACAACAUACUUCUGAGAGACACCAUCAACCAUUGUAUCUUGGUGUUACCCCAAUUCUACGAGAGAUUGCUGCACUACCGAUAGUUGUUAGAACACCGACUUCUAGCAGAAAUCAGCCAUCUACAGACGAAGUACAAGAGACUCCGCGGCUUCCAUCAUCACAAAGAACCCAUCAUCAGGACAAUACUCCUGCACAACAUCCAACAUCUCCGCUAUCGCCACAACUUCAACAAUCACCAAUCAAUAACCGACCUACGGAUCCGCCACCACCUCCUCCAUCGCAACAGCAACAAUCAUCUUUAAAUUCCAACAGCUCAGAAACUACGCAGCAGAAUAUGGCUACUGUACCGUUCAGCGAACUCUAUAAGGACAUCCCAAAAUGCACAAGUGUAUCGGAGGCAUAA